AUGUCAAGACGCAGGGAAGCUGCUGAACUCGCUCGCGCUCUGCAACUAUCUCAACAGGAAGCCAAUCACCUCGCUCAGCUACCCCCUCAUACUCUCUCUUCUCGCUCUACCGGUACGCAAGACUCCAAAGAAUUAGAACUGAGACCUAUGGGUACUGUUAAUCCCGUCGACGUCAUGGGGCCUCCCACAGGGAGUGUCAGCGUUCCUACCAGCAGCAGUUCACAUUCUCACAGCAGUACAAUGGCUAUACCUCGGUAUUCAGGACUGACAAGCGUCAUCCAAUCCUUCACCCCGUCCCAUCUCUUCAAAGACACUUUAGGAAGCAUCAGAAGCCCAAUCGACACAAGCGCCCCAAGAUCCUCCCCAGUCUUAGGUAAUGCCAUCCCUUCUUCUCGAUUGGGCUCAACAUCAAAGUUUCGACCUAUCUCGACGAUAUCGAAUGCCACAUCUGUCGAACCAACAAGUAGUCCUUCUUCUCAUGGCCCACUCCUGUCUCCAACACAAGUAUCACGGCCCCGAUCAGAUUUCGCCGGUAUCGCUCAGACACCUGCCUCAAUCGGCAAUACUCGACCUCUUUCACCAUUCAGACACCAGCUAUCAUCUUCUCCUGUCUCUUCACCUCCUAGAGCACGAUUCAGAGAAAUAGAUGAUGUUCCACCUCGCCGCGCCAUCACUCCUGAACCUCUGGAACCCCAGGAAGACCGCAGACCAACAGCCCCUUCCAGCACGAGAAAGAGUGCGCUACAGGUCAUCGUACCCACUUCACGGAGUAAAUCCAUCUCGAUACAACGUCAUUCGUCAGACCCCAUCGACUUCCUGUCGGCUGACGUGGAUGUUACGUCGUUUGCCCCGGUCAAGAAGCGUUCCGAAGCUGGACCGUCGAUCAUGGAUGAGUCACAAUAUGAUAACGCUGGAACGAGAGUGUCACGCAGAGUGGCCGACCUCAAUGCCAAGAAAGCUGCCGAGAAGGAAGAACGCGCACGUAAGCGUCGGGCGGAGAGGGCGCUGAAAGAAGAGAAGGCUAGAGCUGCUGCUCAGGGACGAGUGGAAGAUGGAGAGGAGAGCGUCCAAUACGUCGGUGCAAAGGCGAUGAAAGAUAGCGAAGCGAGCUCAAGUACAAAAGGAAACAAGAGAAUGGUCAGAGAGAGUAGGUCGGAAAGGGUGCUCAAAAAGGCCAGAGGCGAGGAGAGGUCAACAGUCACGGAAGGCGCCAUUUCGUCCCGGGAGAGGACACUGAGGAACAAUACUUCGCCGGUGAUUGACACAAGAGCCAGACCAAAGCUUGACGUCGACGAUGAAACGCUAAGGGGGCCUUCUGAUCGACCGGAAAAGGAAGGAGAAUCUUCCGCCGAAGCCACCAAAGAGGCUGGUGAAGACAACGGAAUCACAUCAAAUAAUGAAGAGGUUUCAAGUAAGGAGGAGAGUCGUUCGACUGUAGUCCAAGCUCCCGGCCCGAGUAAGACGGAUACGAUCGGUGAGACUGAAGAUAGUACAGCAGCUAGCAGAGCAAAGAGAAGUCCCGAUGAUACGAGUCUUCAAAAGAGCGUUCGGGGGACCAAGGGCAAAGCCAAAGAGGUGGCGGAUAUCGUAGUUCAGGCUAGCAACAUCGACAAAGACGAGGACUCAGAGGUCAAGCAACAAAGCACUCAUAAUGAAAUCGCUCCAACACCAGCUCGACCACCACUCAACGCAUUACCACGAAAACUGAAUAGCCCUGCUCUCAUCACUACCCCUUCUCAUCGUCCUUCACCAGGACCCGACGGCAGCGGAGUGAAAUUUCGAACUCCUCGAAACGACCUUUCUGCAGUCCUAUCUAAAUUCCCUUCGGCCAAAGCGGGUGGGAUGUCUCGUCGUAUUCGAAUAGCUCCUCUUCACAGUAAAAUCGGUCCUCCCGCCAAAGCUCCGCCUCCUAUCCCUAAGAAACCAGAACGGAAGAAGAAAGGUGAAGGCGGUGACGAGAACGGAGUGAAGAAAAUCAAGAAAGGUGAUGUGGAGUGGUUGAUGCAGGAUGAUGGGGGAUGGUGA